UGUGACGGCGGCGUCUGAGGAACCUGACUUGAAUCAGUGUCUGAAGUGUCAGCGGAGAGAACCGGGAAGCCCAGAAACCCAGGCGUGGAGAUUGAUCCUGCGGGAGGAAGGGGUUCAUCAUGGCGGAUGACCUAAAGCGAUUCUUGUAUAAAAAGUUGCCAAGUGUUGAAGGGCUCCAUGCUAUUGUUGUGUCAGAUAGAGAUGGAGUACCCGUUAUUAAAGUGGCCAAUGAUAAUGCUCCAGAGCAUGCUUUGAGACCUGGCUUCUUAUCUACUUUUGCCCUUGCAACAGACCAAGGGAGCAAACUUGGACUUUCGAAAAAUAAAAGUAUCAUCUGUUAUUAUAACACCUACCAGGUGGUUCAGUUUAAUCGUUUACCUUUGGUAGUGAGUUUCAUAGCCAGUAGCAGUGCCAAUACAGGACUAAUUGUCAGCCUGGAAAAGGAACUUGCUCCAUUAUUUGAAGAACUGAGACAAGUUGUAGAAGUUUCUUAAUCUGAAAGUGGUUUCUAUGUGUACCUUAUCUUCAUAAUAACCCAAUACCAAUUCAGCAAUCUUUAGACCACAGUACUACUUUUUAUCCAUAUGCUCAAGAAGGAACGUUUUUUCCAUCUUAUAUUUAAGAAAGAACCUAUAGAUACAAAUAUAGAGAGAUUAAUUGCUAUAUUUUCUGGUGUAAGUUCUUAUUUAGUGAGAUCUGGGGAUACCACAAAAAUGGUUCAGUUUAUCAUAGCUCCCAUGGAGCUAGUCCAGUCACCAAAUAUAGAUGAGAUUCUGCUUAGUGGAUCAGAAUCAAACUGGUAGAUUGAUCCACUGAGUCAUUAAGUGUUCCCUAUUGUACAGUACACCCAGGCCUGCAGAAUGAAGCAGACUCUUUUUAUUGAAAAUAAUAAGGACAUAUUUUUCUUCAGAUUAUGUUUUAUUUCUUGCAUUGAGUGUGAAGAACAUGAACUUGCUUAGUAAAAAUAAUAAAUCAGUACAAUCACUAACUUUGUAUAUAUUAUUUUACUAAUUGGUUUGGUUCUUCUCAUAGGGUGCUACUCUUUAAAGAAAAUGAAAAUUAUAGCUAAUGGUUUUUACCCCCAACUCUGCUUUCUGUAACCAAUCAGUGUUUUAAUGUUUGUAUGGUCUUUAUAAAAUUUAAAAAUGA